AUGGCUCCACGUUGGAGAGGAGGAGCCCGGAUUUUGGCAGCCACUCUGGGAAUUCUGCAGUGCUGUGUAUGGCUAUCUGCUCAGACCAUAAGGACUAGUGUUGGAAUAUCUGGGAGAAGUCCAGAUCAAUCGCUAAUGUCUCAUGAAAGAGUAAAGAGAGGCUGGGUGUGGAAUCAGUUUUUUGUUGUGGAGGAAUACACCGGCACGGAACCGCUGUACGUCGGAAAGAUCCAUUCAGACUCCGACGAAGGGGACGGAUCAAUCAAGUACACUAUCUCUGGAGAGGGGGCGGGGUCUAUAUUCAUCAUCGAUGAGGUCACCGGUGACAUUCACGCUACGGAGAGGUUGGAUCGCGAGGAGAAAACGUUCUACACGUUGCGAGCUCAGGCGCGCGACCGGCAGACUGACGCACCUCUCGAACCCGAGUCAGAGUUUGUCAUCAAAGUCCAAGACAUCAACGACAGCGAGCCAAAGUUUCUGGAAGGUCCAUACGUCGGGAGUGUGGCAGAACUCUCACCUAUUGGGACUUCGGUGAUGAAGGUUAUGGCCUCUGACGCAGACGAUCCGACCUAUGGAAGCAGCGCUCGGAUAGUUUACAGCGUUCUGGAUGGAGAACUAUUCUUUACUGUUGAUCGACAAACCGGAGUGAUUCAGACGGCCGUGGCGGAUCUUGACCGGGAAACGCAGGACCGUUAUGAGCUGGUUGUCAAGGCAACAGAUAUGGCAGGCCAAAUGGGUGGUCUCUCCGGCUCUACCACAGUGACCAUAGUGAUCACGGAUGUUAAUGAUAACCCUCCACGCUUCCCUCAGAAGAUGUAUCAGUUUUCGGUCUCUGAAGGGGCGGCCAUCGGGACGCCCGUCGGGCGGGUGAUCGCGACGGAUGCAGACAUGGGCGAGAACACAGAUAUGAGUUACUUAAUCAAAGAUGAGGAGGGCGGGGAGCUCUUCAGGGUGUCAACGGACGGCGACACACAAGAGGCCGUCAUCACCAUCAAAAAGCCUCUAGACUUUGAAAGCAAACGCACACAUAACGUGGUCGUUGAGGCUGUAAACAAACAUGUGGACCCUCGUUUUGUGGAUCUAGGGUCCUUUCGGGAUCAGACCAUCGUGAGGGUCAGUGUCUCGGACAUUGUCGAGCCCCCCAUCUUCUUCCCUCCAAAUGGCACCAUCAUGGAAGUUCAAGAAGACGCUAGAUUGGGUGCUCUUGUUGGCAUCGUAACGGCAAAAGAUCCCGACAUGGAUAAUGUUCCAGUCAGGUUCUCUAUAGACAGGAGCUCAGACCAGGAGCACAUCUUUAACAUCGAUCCUGUAUCCGGCGCCAUCACUCUUGGAAAAAUCCUGGACCGGGAGACGGCCGGCUGGCACAAUAUCACAGUUACAGCGGUCGAAGCAGAUAACCAGUCCAUGGCAUCACAGACUGUCGUAAGCAUCCGCAUACUGGAUGUAAACGACAACCCUCCAGAGCUCGCGACUCCUUACGAGGCCUCCAUCUGUGAGGAUGCCAAACCAGGCCAGCUCAUUCACACCAUCAGCGUUGUCGACCGGGACGAGCCGCAGUCUGGACAUCGAUUCUUUUUCACGCUGGCACCCGAAGCCUCCAACAACCGACAUUUUACACUUUGGGACAUCAAAGACAACACCGCGGGCAUCAGGACGCAGCGUUCUGGAUUUAACCGUCAGGAGCAAAACGUUUACCUGUUACCCAUCCUGGUGGUGGACAGCGGCCCUCCCGCCCUCAGCAGCACGGGAACACUCACCAUACACGUGUGCAGCUGCGACACGGACGGAUCUAUCCAGUCCUGCAACGCCACGGCUUACGUCAUGUCCGCGGCGCUCAGUCCCGGCGCUCUUAUCGCACUGCUGGUCUGCAUCCUCAUUCUCAUAGUCCUGGUGCUGCUCAUCUUGACCCUAAAGCGCCACAGGAAAGGUCAGCGCAUGUCCGAAGACGAGGAAGACAUGCGCGACAACGUCAUCAAAUACAACGACGAAGGCGGAGGUGAGCAAGACACCCAAGCGUACGACAUGAGUGCCCUGCGCAGUCUCUACGACUUCCCCGAGGUCAAGAGCUCAGACUCGGGUCCGGACCUUCGCUCGGUCCCCCAGUGGAUCCAAAACCGGGUUGCCGCAGACAAAGGGCCUUCAGACUUCUCCGUCUUCAAAGGCUACAUAAGCAAGAAGGUGGAGCAAGCGGACUCAGAUUUAUCGGUGCCACCCUACGACUCGUUCCAGACGUACGCUUUCGAGGGUACCAGCUCGCCAGCGCUCUCGCUUAGCUCCAUCCGUACGUUGUCGACGACAUCGGAACAGGACUUCUCCUACCUCAGUGAUUGGGGACCUCGCUUCAGGCAACUCGCAGGAUACUAUGUCCCGAGCCAACCUGAGGAGGAAGGGUCCUAG